CGUUUACCAGAGCAUUAGAUCCAAUUUGUGUGUGUGAGAGAGAGAGAGAAAUGGCGGAGGAGACAGAGGAACAGAGGCAAUUGAAGCAGAGAAUAGCGAAAAUCCUGGACGAGACGCGGACCUCCUACGCUACUCACAACCGGAAACUCAAGGAGCUCUCGGCCGUCCGAUCCAGAUCGUCGUGCCCGGCCCGAUUCUUCUCCGCCUUCUCCAAAACCCUAACCCCGCUCUACAGCUUCCAGCGGCGUGUUACCUCCACCGAGCGCGUGGUCCGAUUUGUCUCCGUCUUUGCCGGCGCCCGUGACCCCGACCAUGUCUCUGAUUGCGACGCGUUCCUGGAGGAGUUCCUCAGGUUCCUUCUGGCCGCCGCCGUGGCGGCCAACAGGACCGCUAGGUUUCGAGCGUGCCAGAUUGUUUCGGAGAUCAUCAUGCGGUUGCCAGAUGAUGUGGAAGUGAGCAAUGAAAUUUGGGACGAGGUGAUAGAUUGCAUGAUGCUGCGAGUAAGGGACAAGGUCCCUGUAAUCCGUACAUUUGCAGUCAGGGCUCUAUCACGCUUUGCAAAUGAUGGUGAGAACAGUGAUAUCCUAGAUUUAUUUCUUGAGGUGCUUCCUCUAGAACAGAAUGCGGAGGUUCGUAAGACAAUAGUGCUAUCAUUGCCUCCUUCAAAUACAACGGCCCAAGUAAUUGUUGAUUGCACUGUGGAUGUGAGCGAGUCAGUGCGCAAGACAGCAUACUGCGUUCUUGCUAAUAAAUUUCCUCUUCAAAGCCUAAGCAUCAAGCUCAGAACGAUAAUUCUUCAGAGAGGACUAGCUGAUCGUUCUCCAGCUGUCUCUAAGGAGUGUAUUAAGUUAAUGAAAGAUGAGUGGCUUAUUAAGUGCUGCAGUGGAGACCCUGUAGAACUUCUCAAGUAUCUUGAUGUUGAAACAUAUGAAUUGGUUGGAAAUGCUGUGAUGGAGGCUUUAUUAAAAGCUGGGUUAGUGAAUCUAAAUGAUGGUGAAAGUAUUCGGCAAUAUGUGUCGUCAAGAGUUGACGGAAUGGAAGGGGACUCGGUGGAUUGCAUCCCAGGCAUCCAGCUAAUGGAGGCAGAGGUUGCUCUUUAUUGGAAAACUGUAUGCAGGCACUUGCAGACUGAAGCGCAAGCAAAAGGCUCUGAUGCUGCUGCUACCAUGGGCACUGAAGCAGCAGUUUAUGCAGCAGAAGCUUCAGACAGUAAUGACCUUCUAGAGAGAAUUCUUCCUGCAACAGUUUCUGAUUAUGUAGAUUUGGUGAAAGCUCAUAUUGAUGCUGGACCAAAUUAUCGUUUUGCAUCUCGACAGCUACUAUUGCUUGGUGCAAUGCUUGAUUUUUCUGAUGCUACAAUCAGGAAGGUUGCUAGUGCAUUUGUGCAGGAACUGCUGCACAAACCUCUUGAGCAUGAAGUGGAUGAUGAUGGGAACAUGGUUGUCAUAGGAGAUGGAAUAAAUCUUGGUGGAGACAAAGAAUGGGCUGGUUCGGUGUCUGGGCUAGCAAAGAAAGUCCAUGCUUCUAAUGGUGAAUUUGAAGAAAUUAUUCUUGGGGUUGUAGAAGAGCUUGCUCUGCCUUGCAGAGAGAGAACAGCAGAUGCUAUGCAGUGGAUGCACACUCUUGCUGUGACAAGCCUUGUCUUGGAAAAUGCAAAACCAUUCCAUUUGCUUCAAGGACGGGCUAUUGAACUUGCUGAACUACUGAAAUCCUUAUUGCUUCCAGGGGCAAAACAUGUUCACUUGGAUGUGCAGAGGAUAGCUGUCAGGGGUCUUGGGCUUUUUGGCUUGUUAGAGAGGAAGCCAAGUGAGGAAAUAGUAAAGCAAUUGAGGCUUUCUUUUAUUAAUGGUCCCACUCCAAUUAGUGUAGUGGCCUGUAAGGCAUUAAUUGAUCUUGGGAUGUGGCAUGGGCCUCAGGAAGUUGACGGGGCCUUGGGUGUGGACGUCUCAUCAAAAGUCCGAGAUAAUAAGCAGGCUUUUAGUCCUGUAAACUUUUCUGAUAUAGAUGAAAGUUCGAAUGUUCAAAUGCUUGAUCUUUUAUAUGCUGGAAUUGACAAAGAUGACUGGGACAACUCUUUAGCAAGCGAUGAAUAUGAGUCCGUUCAAGCUAUUCUUGGGGAGGGAUUUGCAAAGAUUCUUCUUCAAAGUGAGAACUAUCCGAGCUUACCAGCUUCUUUACAUCCCUCUCUCUUGGCUAAGCUCAUUAACUUGUAUUUCAGCACUGAAACAAAACACCUGCAGAGGUUUAAGCAGUGUUUAUCUGUGUUCUUUGAGCAUUACCCUUCCCUCUCUGCUAUUCAUAAGAAAUGUUUGUCCAAGUCUUUCAUUCCUGUCAUACGUUCAAUGUGGCCUGGCAUCAAUGGCAAUGCUGGGGUUUCUACACUUAUGGUGUCUAAUAUGCGUAAGCGUGCAAUCCAAGCAUCACGUUUUAUGCUGCAGAUGAUGCAGGCUCCAUUAUAUGAAAAGGAAACUGCAAGAGAGGAUGAAAAUGGGAGAAGGGAACUACCAGAAGAACAAGAUGGUUCUCUAGAACCUCCACUUGAGUGUGGCCAAGAGGGACUUGCAAUUCGCAUUGCAGUAGAGGUGGCAAGCUUCCAUAUAAAGAAGACAGCUGCUGAGAAGGCAUAUGUUUCGGCACUAUGUAGAGUACUUGUCUUGCUCCAUUUUCGGUCAUCAGAACAAGGGGCAAUAAAGUUAAUGAGGAGGCUCCUAAAUCAUGUAGCUGAAUCUGUCUUGGCAGAGAAGGAUCUUGUGAAGGAACUGAAGCGGAUGGCUGAUCGUCUUAAGGCAGUAGAUAGACAACCAGAACAGGAACUGUUGCAAGAUCAAGCUGAUUCUAUUUUGGGGAGGUUAGAUCUAGAGUUUAAUCUGGGCAGUGAUUGCUCUGUUGGUAUUCCACAAACACCAGUCCCCCGCUCGAGCAGACCACCCCGUUCCAGGAAACGGGUGAAGCCUGAAGAUAGCUCUUCUGAUGAAGAAGUUUCACCCACUUCAGUGGUUCCUAUCAUUCCUAGCGCAGUAAGCAUGCGAUCACAGAGGGCGAGUAAAACUGCAGCACUGACCAAGAUGACUGCCAGUAGAUCUAUCAGGAUUGUUGAAGAUGAUAAUGAAGAGGAAGAAGGGUCUGAGGUGACAUCUGAGGAAGAUUCUGAAGAAUCUGAUCAGUAUUCUGAAUGUGUGGGUUGACCAUGACAUGAUAGUACCCUCUUCCUAUGCCAUGAUAUUUUCCUUAGCACUAAUAUAUGUUGUUGUAUGAUUGGUUAUUUAGGCUGCCGCUUUUGUACACAGGGUGUGCAUGAGAGCUCUAGGAUAAGUGUGUUUCUGGAGUUGGGUUAGUUGGAUCCUUUGCGCUGUACAUUCUAGUUAUCUCUCUUGUGUGUGUGUGUGAGUCAGUUAUCAUUAGCUCUUACAUUAUCUUUUUUGUUUUUGUUUUUGUUUUUUUUUUUUCUGGGAGGAUUGUAAUGUAAUGAAGCAGGUGGUGUAAUUCUCUUCUUUUGACAUUCUAAUGACAGUACUUGGAGGUCCAGUGAUUGUCUUUGUUAAAGAUGAAGAGAUAAUUAUGAUUCUUCUUGAUUGUGUUAUGAGAACUGAUCGUUUCUUAA